AUGCUGGCCUGCCUUGCCGUGUCAAUCUUGAUGCAAAUUCAGCUUAGUGUCGACUCUUUUUCGAAAGGGAGCCCCCACGCCCUGUUAGCGCGGGAGCGGGUGGACAUUCUGAUCGGCAUGGCCCGCGGCCUCGAGUACCUCCACAGCUUUGGCAUCGUGCACCGCGACAUCAAGCCCGCCAACAUCCUGCUCGACCACAACAUGCAGCCCAAGAUAGCGGACUUUGGGCUGGUGAGGCAUGGCGAGGGCACGUCGGUGAUUGCCACGAGGGUGAUGGGCACACCGGGCUAUGUGGACCCGGCUUACUACAAGUCACAGAAGGCCACGCCCAAGGCUGACGUGCACAGCUUCGGAGUGGUGAUGCUGACGCUCAUCACAGCGCGCAAGGCCAUCUACAACGCGGAGGCAGAUCAGAUCAACCUCAAGCAGUGGGUGGCUCCACUGCUAGCCGCCGGCGAUGCAGGUGCCAUCAAGGACCCGCAGCUGGAGGCGCCGGACGACUUGGUGCUGCGCAUGGCCCGCCUGGCCUUGCGCUGCACCGCCAUGCCCACCGCCUCGCGCCCCUCCAUCAGCCGCGUGCUCGGCGAGCUGCUCGUCAUGAAGGAGGAGUUUCUCGGGCAGGACGAGGACCGCAUGGCGGCGCGCAUUGACCGCGAGCUCGAGAGCUCCGAGAAUGUCAACCUCAGCAUGGAGAUUGCACGUGCCCAGGGAGCAAGGAGCAGCGGAGGAAUCUCGAGCAGCUCGUGA